UGGUUUCUCAGAAAUUCUAUGCAUAGCCUCUAGGAUUUAGGAAAAAAAAAUCUGCCAAAAGACAAUGCAGAAUUAAACUGGAGUGUGUGGAGGUGGCUGCAUUUGGAUGCCGAGCCUGAGACUUUCCCCCAGAGCCGACCCUCAUCAGCACACGGCGCGUCACUGCAGGCCUGAAGAAGGACCUCGUCCUCAGUUGUCUCCCUGCAUUUUCUCUGCCACAUGGUGACCAUACAAGGAAUGGAGCAGACCAGAGCAGAAGCCGGACAUGCGAUGCCACAGCUGAGGAAGGCGAUGGCUCUGGAAUCUUCUUUAUGGGAAAAGAUGAAAGAGAAGUUCACGAAAGGGCAGCCUAAGAUCCUUGGUGCCAUGCAGAUCACCACUGGCCUGUUGAUCCUCGGCGUGGGACUCGCAAUGAUGUGCAGCACGCUGCCUGCUUAUGGAGCACGCAGCCUGUCAGUGUAUACCGGCUACUCAAUCUGGGGAUCGUUGAUGUUUAUUAUUUCAGGGUCUUUCGCAAUUGCAACAGCAAGAAGAACUACAAAGGGAUUUGUCCGAGCCAGUUUAGGCUUGAACAUCUGCAGCUCUGUGUUUGCUGGUGUAGGAAUGAUACUCAUCAUGACCAGCUUGGGCAUAAGUUUAUCCUUUCCCUUUCCCUGCAGCUACAAUUGGCAUGAAAGUUGUCUUAUGACAAGGUCUCUUAUACUGGGCAUGGAUUGGCUGUUGCUCCUGCUAAGCAUGCUGGAAUUGUCCCUCGCCAUCGCCGUCUCUUCAUUUGGGUGCAAAGUGACCUGUUGUUACCUUGGUGGGGUUGUGUUCAUUCUGUCAUCAAAUUCUCACACGACAGAAACCAUGUCUCCUGCCCCACUGGGCAGAGGUUUGAUGUCUCCAACAAAUCCAGAGAAAAGUGUUGCUGGAAGCAUUCCCUGAAUUUAAGGCAAAAGCCCGCUGUGGGAAAGUACCUGAGACCCUCUCUGGAGAGAGAGAGAGAGAGAGAGAGAGAGAGAGAGAGAGAGAGAGAGAGAGAUUGAGGGAGCGAGCGCACAUGCAUAGAUUCAGAAUCAAGUUCUCUUGUUUUCUCAGGAACUUCACAAAUCUUUCCACCCAAUCUUAAACAGACUAUCUGAUGUUGAAUAAAACAAUCAUGCAUUAAUUGGACAACCACAUUUGAAUGACAUUUAUUCAUGCUCAGACCUCGGCAUAAGGCUGUACAGUUGAUACAGAAGCUCUGGCAGCAAAGGGCACAUUGGUGUUUCUUCAGACUCCUUUCCUGCUCCCCGUCUAGUAGUCCUGCUUGUUUGACCUCUAUAUUUUUAACUCAUGUUUGGAGAAUUUUGUCCUGCCAUAAAAUUCGAUAUAUGUUUUUGCCCCAUUUUAUUUCCUUUCUGUCAUAUAAAGUACAAGGAAGAGUGCAGGCAGUAUUUGCA